CGGCAAUUUACUCUUUUGCGUGGCAGCAAGACGCGAUGGCGUUCUCAAUGAAGCUCAAGCCCGGGAAGAAGCCCGUCAAGCCGGUCGUGAACCCGAUGGCACAAGGCCCCAAGCUCUUCUCCAUGGAUGAGCGCCCGCCAGAGCUAUCGCGGAGGGCCAACCUACCGCCUCCACCAGCGCCGAUGCUGGCCGUCGUCAACCAGAGCAAGUCGGACCGCGCCGUCCAAGAAGCACUCGCGAGCGACCCGAACGCGUUCGAUUAUGAUGGCGUCUACGAAUCGAUGCAAGCCGAGCGCGUCAAGCAAAAGGCGGCCAAGAAGGUCCAAGGCGUCCCGCAGUCCAAGUACAUCAACGUGCUCAUGGAGAAGGCCAAGGUGCGCGAGAUCGAGCACGACCGCAUUCGCGAGCGCCGCCUUUUGAAAGAGCGCGAAGAAGACGACAAGAUCCACGGCGACAAGGAAAAGUUCAUCACGUCGUCGUACAAGCGCAAGCUCAUGGAAGCCAAGCGCUGGGAAGAGGAGGACGCUCGGCUUGCGGCCAUCGAAGACGCGCAAGAUGUCACCAAGCGGGGCGAGCUCGGCAUGGCCGGCUUCUACGCCAACUUGCUCACCAACAACAUUGCGAUGGGCGGCGAUGUCGAGAAGGCGACCAGUGCCUACACGACGGGGCACAUUUCCGAAGCGCCAAAGCGACAAAAGAUCGACGCGCCACAAGAGUCGACGACGCCAGUCAGCGACGCCAAGCCAGCCGCCAAACCGACAGUCGAAGAUGCGCCUGUUGACAUGCCCGCGAACGAUACGAUCCAGGAAGAAGUGCCGGCCGCGCCGGUGAAGAAGAGCCGGGAAGACUUGAUUCGCGAAGCCAGAGAGCGCUACUUGGCCCGCAAGCAGCAAGACCAACCACAUUAA